UGGUGAGAGCAGUUUAAUAAUUAAGCCCUGCAGAUCUAGGCCUCUCUUCCUUAUUGUCUCCUUCUUAAUUCUUGCCUCUUCCUUGGUCCCUGCUCAACUUUCAAUCAUUACUUCUACCCUUUGACCACCAAGGCAAAACGACCGACUGGGUCCAGACUUAGGAAAUGUCCACCAGUGUGAUAAAGGUGGAUGGGAUGCAGGCGGUGGAAAUGAACUCUCAGCCAACUGAGAUCAAUAUCCACAUCCACCAGGAGUCGGCUCUGGCCAAGCUCCUCCAGGCUGGACGCUCCUUCUUGCAAUCUAAGAUUUAUUUCCAGCACACCCUAAAAGAGAGCAAAAGGGUUCUCCAGGCACAACUGGCACUUGGGGUGUCACUGAUAUUGCUGGGGGUCUUGAGCUGCUCUUUUGGGAUAUUCCUGUAUUUUGGGCCUUGGACUCCCUUGCAGGACAUAGGUUGUACCUUUUGGGCAGGGGCUGUGGCCAUUAUGGCUGGAAUUGGGGCCAUCAUCUAUGAAAAAUGUCAGAGUAGCUACUGGGGUCGGUUUGCUGCCCUGCUUGCCCUGACCAGCGUCUCCACAGCCCUUGCUGCCCUCAUCCUCUGUUCAUACAGCCUUCGGGAGUCUGCUAAUUAUUUCUCCAACCCAAGUGAGAUCUGUGAGCGUUCAGAAAACUCGAACACGUCAUAUUAUGGGAGAAGUAGAUAUUGGGAGAUUGAAGAAUGCGAGAGGAAUAUGAACAUGCUUUUGCAUUUGUUCCAAGGAAUCCAAGCCACACUGCUGGCCAUAUUUGCUGUGACGCUCCUUCUGUCUCUGGCCUCCCUGGGUGUGGGUCUCCGUAACUUGUGCCGCCCGAACUCUCAAUUCCAGGUUGAAGAAGGGGUUGAAAAGAAGCUGCUGGGGGAAGAAUCACUUCCUCCCUCACCUUGCAAGGAGAAAUCUGCUGGCGUCAUUAACCUGUGAGCUGUGGUCCUGUGUAGAAGAGCUCCUCCCUCACGAGGCUCUUGCUGUCUCUGGAGGCAUCUGGCCACCCCUAUGGCUCUCUGGGCCAGGAUAGAGCAUCAUCACUGAGAAUCUUCACCCUUACCCCGCACCCUGUGCCUUUAUUGCCAGUUCUGUUCACCCUCUUCUUCCCUACUCCUUCAGGUUUUUCCAUAUACUCCCUGGUUUUUACCCCUCUGAGUGUUCACUGUCCUCAGCCCCAUUCCUGAUUCGUUGCCUGCCCUUAGCCUAUCACUAUUACUGUCUCCCCGAGAAGUAAUUACAUCUACUCUCUUCCCCGCUCUCCCCACGCCCAUCGGUCCCUUGUCCUCAGGUUGGUUUCAAAUAAUAAAUGCUUUCAUUUCAGAUGGUGGUU